AUGAGUGAAGGUUGUACAAGUGCGCCUAUUUUUUUGUUGUGCAAGUAUAAUGGUUGCACAUUUGCAAUUAAGAUUGAUCAAAAUGUUACAUAUGAUCAGUUGGUUGAGAAGCUAUGUUUGAAAUGGGAUAAUUUGCAAUCUGAUAAUAUUUGUCUAUCUUACUCAUUGCCUGGACAUCCUAAUUGUACGUUGGACAACAAUGAGGAGUUAGAUUUGUUAUUGGCAUUAGUUGUGCAUUUGGAUUCAAAGUGUAUUGAUGUUGUUGUGCGAGUAAAAGACUCAACCAUUGACUGUGGUUAUCUCAACAACAGAUUGGAUUAUGGAGAAAGACAGUCAAUGUUGGAUCUUGAAGUUUGUGAUAUUGCAUUGUCUCAUGACAGCAGUAAGUCUGUGAACUUGUCAAACAGAGCAUCUACAUCUUCCAAAAGGAAUUCGAGGUUGGAGGUUGAAGAAGAGGUUGAUAUGUUAUCAUCAUUUUGUCGACACAAGGAAAAAGUAUUGUUGUCUGCUGGUUGGGCAGUUAGUAUUACACAUGUAGGACAGAAAUUUGAAGAUGAAAUUGUUGAAUUUCGUAAUGCAUUGUCAAAGUUUUCUAUUGAGUGUGGAUUUGAGUUCAUAUUUAUUAAGAAUGAUAAAGUUCGUGUUACUGCACAAUGUUUGUUUAAAGAGACAAAAGGUUGUAUGUGGAAUGUUCAUGGUAGAGUGGAGAAUGCUGAUGGUGUUCGUGAUAAUCCAUUGACACGUCCAGUUCAUGUUGUUCGGGAUUUUAAGUUGGGGUAUGGGUUGAGAUUAAGAUGGUAUGUGGAUGUUGCAAAGAGUUGCAAUCUAGGGAGUUACAUUGAGUUUGAGUGUGACGAUGAUACUAAACGGUUUAAGAGAUUAUUUGUUUCUUUUCAUGGUUCCAUUAGUGGAUUUGAUUAUUGUCGACCUUUCUUAUUCCUUGAUGGCACAUUUUUUAAGGAAAAAUUUAGAGAAAAUUUACUUGCUGCUACAGGAAAAGAUGGAAAUCAAGGGUUUUUUCCUGUUUGUUUUGCAGUUGUUGGCUCAGAGAAUCAAGAUAAUUGGCGCUGGUUUUUGGAGCAUUUGAGUAGAAUUGUUUCACCAGAACGAAAUAUUACAUUUGUGUCAGAUCGUAACCUUGGAUUAGUUGAAGUGUUGCCAAAGGUUUUCCCAAUGGCUUUCUAUGCUUAUUGUUUAUAUCAUUUGAAGAUGAACUUGAGGCAUCAUUUGCGUGGUAUGUUUCAUGGAUUGAAAGAAAAGCUGAUCACUUUGUUUGGGAAAUGUGCAUAUGCUCCAACUGAAGAAGCAUUUCAUCAAUGUUUAGUUGAGUUAAAGACUGAAGGUGGGUCAAGAGUUGAAAAGUUUUUAGAUGACAUACCAUAUGAUCAUUGGAGUAAUGCAUACUUUCGAGGGCAACGCUUUGGAGAGAUGUGGUCAAAUGUAACUGAAUCUUUCAAUUCGUGGAUACGAGAGGAAUGCCACUUGCCUAUCACAAUGUUGAUUGAUAAUGUAAGAAUUAAGUUGAUGAGGAAAAUUGCUAAGAGGAAGGAACUUGUUAAUAAAUGGAAUGGUUUGAUUUGCCCUAAAAUGGAGUCCAAGUUGCAUGAUGGUUUUAAUACUUCGAGGCCAUGGAUUGUUAGUUCAUCUGGAAAUGAUGUCUAUGAGGUGCAUUCACAUCCAUCUAUUUUAGUUGACAUUAGUAGACGAAUAUGUUCUUGUGGCAAGUGGCUGUUGAAAGGGUUUCCAUGUGCACAUGCAGUUGAUUGUAAUGUUGAUGGUGAUAGUGAAGUUGUUCUUCCUCUUUUGUCUAAGAAGCAACCAGGAAGGCCAAAUAAGAAGAGGAUUUGUUCAAAUGGUGAGAAAGUGAGGCAAAUUACUUGUAGUAGAUAUGGGAAGGUUGGCAAUCACAAUAAGAAAUCGUGUAAGGAGGCUUUGUGA